AAUCUCGAAGCGUCCGUCGUUGCUGAUAAUUCUCGAUGCAUAAAAUCUCGUCCAUUUGCCGGCUCGUGUCAAUAGACUGUUUGAUCGAGGUGCUGACAACACGUUCUGAUUUUGUGUGUCUAUAGUUUUUCGGGUUUCCACUCGAGUCUUUUCAAACCUACUUAUAAUUCGCACCAGAAUAUUCGAAUUGUUAGUUUUUGGCGCGGUUUAUAGAUUUCGGUGAAUUUUUUCGAGUUCGUGGUAUCGUAUUUUUUUGUAUUCUAUUAUUUUGCAAAUAUGCCGGCUGUUUCGUCUGUUCCGCUGAAAAAAUUGACCAGUGGACAAACCAUACCGGCUAUUGGGCUGGGCACGUUUGCGGGAUCUCAAUUAGAAAACACGGUCUCAACAGCUUUGGAAAUCGGCUACACAUUAUUCGACACAGCUUGGGUUUAUAGAAACGAAGUAGACGUUGGAAAAGUGAUCAGGAAGAAAAUCGAAGAAGGAGUUAUCAAGAGAGAAGACGUCAUUAUCAUCAGUAAACUAUGGAACACGAAGCACAGACCAACGGAAGUAUUACCAGCCAUUAAACGUUCGCUAGCUGAUCUCGGUUUGGAUUAUAUCGAUAUGUACCUGAUUCAUUGGCCUUUUGCCUGCAAGCCCGCAGCCAACGAAUACGAAUUGCUUGAUUUCCAAGAAGACGACGUACGACUCGAAGACACAUGGAAAGCUAUGGAAGAAUUGGUCAGAUUAGGAUUGACGAAGAGCAUCGGUUUAUCGAAUUUCAAUAGCUCGCAAGUUCAACGAAUAUUAAACAUAGCUGAAAUAAAACCAGUAGUAAAUCAGGUUGAAUGUAAUCCGUACAUAAAUCAGAAGAAAUUGAUUAAAUUCUGCAACGAGAGGAAUAUCGAAGUGAUCGCUUACGCUCCUUUCUGGACACCUUCUAGUCCUUGGAUUGAUAAAAAUGUUCCCAGCGUGUUUAGCCAGCCGAUCGUUAAUGAUUUGGCUCUGAAAUAUAAGAAACAACCGGGUCAGAUUAUCUUACGUUAUUUGACUCAACUAGGCGCUAUCCCAAUUCCUAAAUCCGAUCAUCCGGAACGUCUUAGACAGAAUUUCGAGAUAUUCGAUUUCCAACUCAGCGCCGAAGAUAUGUCUAAAAUGGAUGAGCUGAAUAUGAACAAGAGAAGUUGUCCUUUCGAACCAGCUCGUAAAUUCAAAGAAUAUCCGUUCGGGAGUGAGUACUGAUCGUGGGGUAUUAUUGUGAGUGGCAUUUCGUACUGGAAAUAAAAUAUGAACCAGGGAUGCGUAUAUUACGUAUACUUUCUUUGUACCUACCUAAUUGAUAUUUUGUGUCUUUAUGAUAAUUAUUCGUUUAAGUGCCUAAUUUAGAGAUUAAGCCUACCUACUAUAAUUCCUAGUCUAUUUACGUGUGUUUAUUUUUAAUGUGAGUUAUUUUAUUUUUUAAAAACUGAAGUGAUUAUAAGUAAGAAAAUUUUCAUAUUUAAUAAACCCAAUUUGGAAUUUUUAA